AUGGACGACUGGGAAUCCACUACCAAGAUCGGCAGCAAGGUCCGCGGCGCCGGUACCGCUCAGCGCGAGACGACCAUCAAAGGAAAGAGCGCUCUCAAUGCCGCCCAGCGUAGCGGUGCCAUCGUCGCCACGGAGAAGAAGUUCUCCACCGCCAAUGUCAGCAGCAACCCCGAAGGCCAACGUCUCACAAAAGUCGACCGUGCCGAUGGCCCCGUAGCCACCAAGAAAGUCCCCGACGAAGUCUCCAAAGCCCUCCAGACGGCGCGCACCAAGCUCAAGAACCAAAAGGGAGCCACCAUGACACAAAAGGAUCUAGCGGCCAAGGCGAACGUCGACGUUGCGGCUGUCGCGGCUCUGGAGCGGACAGGCGCAGAUUUCCCCAGCAUGGAUGUUGUGCUGAAGUUGCAGAAGGCUGCGAAUGUGAGGCUUACGGGCACCAAUAUCGGGGAGCCCAUGCUGGGACCCAAGAAGAAGUGA